AACGACUCGUGUUUGAAUCGCUACUAGUUCAAAGGUCAUACGGCAGCUGCUCAAAUGGCGCAUGUUCAUACAGAAAUGUGUCUAAAAGUUAUGUAGUUACACCACCGUUUGACUUUUCAUCGUAGUAUUAAUUCCAGAAUUGAAUAUUCAUUUAAAAAAACUUUAGAAGUGUCAGUGUUUAUAGUUCGAUUUCAGUCAGCAUAGAAAUGGCAGGUCCAGAGCUGCUGCUAGACUCCAGUAUUCGCCUUUGGGUUGUUUUGCCCAUAGUCUUCAUCACAUUCUUCGUCGGAGUUUUGCGGCAUUACAUCACUAAACUCAUCCAUAAUGAGAAGAAAGUGGAUCUGCAGCAGGUGUCUGACAGCCAGGUUUUGCUGCGCAGUCGCAUAUUAAGAGAAAACGGAAAGUAUCUUCCUAAACAGUCAUUUGCCAUGAGAAAACAUUACUUCAACAACCCUGAGACUGGAUUCUUCAAGAAGGUCAAAAGAAAGGUGACCCCCAAAAACCCCAUGACAGAUCCCAGCAUGCUGACCGACAUGAUGAAAGGAAAUCUGACCAACGUGCUGCCCAUGAUUCUGAUUGGAGGAUGGAUCAACUGGGCCUUUUCUGGUUUCCUCACAACUAAAGUUCCUUUUCCUCUGACGCUGAGAUUUAAGCCCAUGCUACAGAGAGGAAUCGAGCUGGUCUCUCUGGAUGCCUCAUGGGUUAGUUCAGCUUCAUGGUAUUUUCUUAAUGUGUUCGGGCUCAGAAGCAUGUACACCCUCAUCCUUGGACAAGACAAUGCCCUGGUGGCUUUUCUUCUUCCUGUUCAUUUUCAGCUGCAGAUCAGUCCAGAAUUAUGCAGGAUCAGAUGACGGGGGCUGCGAUGGCGAUGCCCCCUGAUCCUAAUAAAGCAUUUAAGAGCGAGUGGGAAGCCCUGGAGAUCGUGGAGCAUAAAUGGGCCCUGGAGAACGUUGAGGAGGAACUCAUGUGUCAGGAUCUGAACUUCAGAGAACUCUUUAACUAAAAACCACAGUCAAAAUCAAACAUCUGAUAUGAUAUGAACCAGCGAUUGCUUAACAUGAUUCAUAUGCUGACACUUGACGAAUGCUGGAAUGAUCCUGACGGUGUUUAGGGUGAUUUUAACGUCCUAAAGAGAUAGUUCACCCCCAAAUAAAGAAAACUCUGUCAUCAUUAACCCUUGUUUUUUUAAAGAAUGUAGGAAACCUGUAACCAUUGACAUCCAUAAUAGAUAAAUCAAAUACUAUUAAAGUCAAUGGAUACCGGUUUCCAAAUUUACGAUGACAGGAUUUCCAUUUUUGGGUGUACAAUCCCUUGAACACCCACACGAAUGUCCUGAGAAUUGAAAUUCAAUACAAGCACAGCGAAGAUAGAAAAUGACUGCCAAAUGUAUUAACAUACAGAUGUUUUCAUGUUUUAUGCCUUAAUAUUAUAUUUAUGUGUGAACUGAUGCAUUGGAAACAUGUUUUAGGACAGUGUUUCUCAACCAUGUUCCUGGAGGACCACCAGCACUGCAUGUUUUGGAGGUCUUCUUUAUCUGACACACCCAUUACAGGUCUUUCAGUCUCUGCCAAUGAGCUGGUGAUCUGAAUCAGAUGUGUUUGGUUGAGAUGUGCAGAGGUGGUGGUCCUCCAGGAACACGGUUGAGAAACACUGUCUUAGGAGUUCAGUGCCUUCCAAACAGUUGUUUAGGAUUUCAACUUUAAUUAAACCAGUUCUAUACAGCAGUUUUUCUCUUUAGCGCUCGAUUUUUAUGGAGGUUUCUUAUUGCCGUGCCGUUGUUUCAAACACUGAAAUAUUCUGACAUAAAUUGAUUGUAGAGCAGAUGUUAUUUCGUCCUCUGUGUUCGAGAGAUGUAUUAAUAUAAUAAACAUUAUAUUGAACCCUCAGGUGAAGAGGAAAUCAA